GAUAAAGAAAAAAACACCUCAAAAACAAUAACAAAAGACCAGAGGCAAAUAAUAAUAAUAAUAACAACAACAAUAUUGAAGGAUAUUGGUGUUGAAACUCACAUUGUUGACCUGCAGAAAAGUACCAUCCUGAAUUCCGCAAGAAUUCUAAGGCAGGUUCUUGAGGUUUGAGGUGACUUGUUACCAAACAUCAAGAUAAAAUACCUGCUAACUAAAUUAGCAUGCACUAGCAUAAUAAUAAUAAUAAUAAUAAUAAUAAUAAUAAUAAUAAUUAUAAUAAUAAACAGCAACGUACGUUAAGAACAACAGGAAGUUGAUAUCAUCGUCUUUAUCGCCAACAUCAAAAGCUGCGAAAAGAACUGUAGUAGUAGUAGUAGUAGUAGUAGUAACAAGAGCAAAACUGACAAAAACAUUUGCAACAAAUACCAUCAUAGUCACCAUCAUUUUUAGUGGCCACCACCACCACCACCACUACUACUAGUCACUUGGAAUAGCAGCAACAACAAUUGCCUACAUUACACGAUAGCAUCAUCAACAUGACCAUCACCACCAGCAGUCACAAGGAUUCUGUUAAACAGUAGUAGUAGUAGUAGUAGCAACAUCAUCAACCAUACGACCAGCAACAAGAAGAAGAAUUUUUUUACGAAUCUGCAUCAUCAUUACGGUCACAAACCACACCUCCACCACCACCGACGACAUCAAGAUGUCGUUCACGACCACACCCACUCCACAGUACAUCGAUGAAGUGGAGAUUGACUCAGCUACGGACAGCUCAAUCAACUUAUCAUGGAGCGUGAAAGGCACAAGCCACUCAUCUUCACACAUCACCGGCUUUCAGGUGCAUUUCCAGAAAGUGGCCAGCUCCUACAUCCAGUACAGCGCAAUGUUGUCGUCAAUGACAACCAGUUAUAAGAUACGCAACCUCGUUGCUGACACCUUCUACAAGGUAUGCGUCGUGAUGUAUCGUAAUGACACAGCACAGAAUGGAGGGGCAGGAGGGGUUGCACAGCAACGCCAAAAGUGCACAGAUGCUGGCACCGCAAGUUGGCACCUGCCAGUAUCUGUCGGGAGCAGUGUCGGUGCAAUCAUAGCACUCUCGCUCAUUGUGCUAAUGGUGCUCAUCGCACGCUGCCCCUCAAUUAUGCGACAUCGAAAGGGAAGUGCACAUGCGAGUGGUAAGUACGACAGCAUGACGACCAACCUGCAGGAUGACCACCUCGAGAUGAGUGACACCACGCUGCAUGUGCACGAAGAAGAAGACGAAGAAAGAGAAAACGAUGACGAUGAUGAAGGACAAGGCGAAGCGGCAGCUGCGGCUGCAGCAUUCACCGAUCAUCGGGGCAGCAUCCUUGUCGAAGUUCCAGUCUCAUUUCACGAGCGCAUUUUCAAGCAACAACAUCUGCAGCAACAUCAUCACAACUGUCAAACAGCACUGACCGAGGGCUACUGCAACGGUGGGAGCAGCAGUAGACACUCACGCCACCAACUCCGCCACCAACAAAGCCUCUCAUCACCGCCUGCGGCACGACCAGCACAACACUAUCUAUUACAUCGUGCUUCCAUUCCUCAUGUACAUCAUCACUCCUGCCAACAUCAACACCACAAGGAAACAGAGUUUGUCUCGGCUUCGCAGCUCGCCGAUUUCCCAGUGCCACUCACCUACAUUUCAGAGGCGGAGCCUGGCUACCACAUUGCCUCUGCUGCUAUAUGCCCUCACCAAGCAAGUGGCCACAGCCGACGGGCACAUUUCAAGCGACAGGUCAGCAAGGGCAAAUAUGAGGGCAGUGCCAGUGAACAGCCCCACUGCAGCCACCAGCACUCGACAGUAGUGAAAAUUGAACCACAACCAAAACUUUCUCAUCCUAAGCCUGAAAAGCAACCCUCUAUGGACAUCACCAGCAGCUUAUAGGGUGUUCAAGGACUUGAUAAUGAAAGUACAGGGAAGAACACACACACACACACACACACACACACACACACAUAUAUAUAUAUAUAUAUAUAUAUAUAUAUAUAUAUAAUUAUAUGUAUCUAUAUAUAUAUAUAUAUAUAUAUACAUGCAUAUACACACACUCUAUUUUAUGUAUUGAGUAAGUACAUAAGGUAGAGCAAAUUUAUACCAUAUGGAAAACCAAGAAUAUAUGUGUGUGUAUGUAUUUACACAUACACACAAAACGAAUUUACACUAACACACACAAACACACAUAUUUACAUAGAUAAAUGUAUGUUAGGGUUACAUUAUCAUGGGGAUGGGGGAGACCAUCCACUCAAGAAAAGACUUGAACAUAGAGUAGAAUAUAGACAUAUAUAUAUAUAUAUA